AACGAUUAAUUUAAUGGUGAAACAAUCUUCUGUCAAACGAAAGAUUUGAAUUUGGUUCCUGAUUGUGUAUUAUAUAUUAUUAGGAAUUUUAAAGGAAAAAACAUUCCACUCUGUGAUAGACUCAAGUAUCCAAAAUCUAAACAAAAAAGAAGAAAGGAAAACAUGUUAUGUCCGGAAACAUGGAAUUUCGAACCACUACCACAUUACAUCGCCACAUUACAUCUGGAUGUGAUGAAGAAUGCAAAUGUAAUCUCAUUAAUGAAGAGUCAUUACUUUAAUCAUUCGAUAUCCAUGGUACUACCUGAUACAGUUACCGUUCCUCAAAAUUUACACAACUGUCUGUCAAAGGAUACAGAUUAUUAUCGAAUAAACAGGCUGCAUGUCAGCGAUCUCUUAAACAUAGAGUUUAUCGAGGCUUUUGUUAAAAAAGGGGAAAUUAAUCUCCUAACAUUAGAAAAUAAAAUAGACUUGGAAAAUUCUAUUUGUGUAACUCCAACUGGAUACUUAAUACUCUCUUUAUUGACGGAUGAUUAUCAAGCUCUUGGUUUAGAAGGGAAACACUCUGCCUUCAGCCAUAAAUCUCAUACGCGAUACAUAGUGAGAAUCGAUCUAACAAAUGAAAGUUUUAUUCCUGGUAAAAGGAAUUACGAAAGAGUUCGGAUAGCAUUGGAAGAACGACUCACCCAGAAGUUUGAUGUUAUAGUAUCAUGGGAUCCACCAGAGAUCAGUAUGUGCCCGUCGUCUAUAGCAGCAUGGUUUUACGCACGCAAUUAUAACGUUUAUCUCUGUUGCCAGAAAUUUUCCCAAAAAACCAAAUAUUCAUUAACGAUACCUACUUAUGAGGACACAUGUAAUAACACUGAUAUCGAUUUUUUUGAAUGGCUCGGAGUCUUCAGCAUUGAUGGUGAUCUAUCUACUAAGGGAGAAGAUGAUUAUACAAGUACAUAUCAGUGCCCUUCUCCUUCGAUACAUGUUAGACAGGUGCAGUAUUUACAAUGGACUGGAUUCUUUACACGACAAAAGAUCCAAGAAGUCUAUAAUACUCUAAAACAAUAUGUAUUAUCACGAGAUACUUUACCAUGGAUUAGUUUAGACAUACAAGGAUUUACAGACAGUGCUAUCAGCUUUGAUUUGAAAGAGCAUACGUUCUUGACUGAUGGAGACAAUAGUUACACUAUUGUAUUUCGACCGAAAGUUACUGCUAACAUUAGCAUUAUCCAAUGCUCAAAGGGAGGUUGCUGGUUAGAUGUUGCGCAUUAUGUGUCUGUAUAUAUUUGUGUACUUAUGUGCGUACGUGUGCAUGUGCAUAUGCAUAUGCGUGUACAGUCAUGGGCAGAAAGAUAGCGACACUUUUUUUCGACGAUUUUUGGAAUACGCUCGAAAAAAUUUUCAGAGUGCGAUUCAUCAUCUAUCGAUACAUGUAACGAGCGGUUAUGACAGCUGUCAAAGUAUACGUGGUGUAAUAUUGCUGUCAGAAAUAUGAUAAAGCCUGCUAAAACAUGUUAUGCCAGCGGAUUAGUGACAAAAAUCGAGCAGAGUCUGCUCGAAUUAGAUUCUGCUCUCGAUUUGUUCUCAUUGUUAAUCUGCCGUUAGAUUACAUAGGACUUUGUUCAGUUUCUGUCCUCAGUCUGCUGGCAUAGCAUGUCUAGCAGGCUUUGUCAUAUUUCUGACAGCAAUUUGCUGACAAUGUCAGUAAUACAAACUCUGUGUACAAUUGAGUUGUGUACACACUCUGCGUACAGUUGAGUCUGUCAAUGAGCUUUAUCGACAAGUCCAUAGCCAAAUGCGAAUACAGAUGGCUAUGGUUUUAUAGUCAAAAUUUGAUCGAGUUUGCUUCUAAUUUGGUUCCAAACUUGCUAACAUUUUGUUA